UAACUAGAUGUAAAAUAUUUGAAAUAUAUGGCAGACGCAGCAGCAAAAGCAAAGCCCAAAGUGGCAAAAAAGCCAAAGGAGAAGGCUGCUGAACCAGUCCCUCUUAAAAAGCGACCCUUCAAGAGGCAUGGACGUCUCUAUGCCAAAGCUAUUUUCACUGGCUACAGGCGUGGACUCCGUAACCAACAUGAACACACGGCUCUACUGAGAAUCGAAGGCGCUCGUGUCAAGCCUGAUUCAGAUUUCUACGUCGGUAAACGUUGUGUCUAUGUAUACAAGGCCAAGAACAAGACCCCUGUUCCCGGCAAAACAACCAAGAAGUCUAAGGUGCGUGCUAUUUGGGGAAAGGUUACUCGUCCCCAUGGAACUAGCGGAUCUGUUCGCGCCAAGUUCAAGAGGAAUUUACCUGCUAAGGCCAUGGGACACCGCAUUAGGAUUAUGCUGUACCCAAGCCGAGUGUAAAAAUCUUCUGUACAAUAUAAACAAAUAAAUAAAAUCCAUUUUGGUACCAAAA